UUGUUAGCCUUUCUUAUCUGUACAAUGGACGAAACUUCUUCUGCUUGUGAAGAUUUACAAUAUUUCGAAAAACGUUUAACAGAAGUAAUCAAGAGUAUGCAGCCGGCAGCUACCAGAUGGAGGUGUAAGUUUUAUUCCAGAAUUGCUUAUUAUUUAAAAUCGCGGCCAAGUUAG